AUGAGUGACCAAUAUAAUUUAAAAGACUUUGUUGUUUGGUUAGAUGCCAAUAUGGAUCAAACAAAAGAUUGUAUUGAUACAAAGGUUUAUUUACAUGAAGGAAUUAAUUAUUUGAGAACGUUUAAUAAUCCUGAUAAUUGUAUUGAUUAUAUAACCAGUAUUCAAAAUGAAAAAGUAUUUUUUAUUGUAUCAGGUUCCAUGGGUGAAAUUGUUGCCCCAUUAAUUGAUGAUAUUCAACAAAUUCAUUCAGUUUAUGUUUUUUGUUGUAAUAAAGCGAAACAAGAAUGGACAAAACAAUGUCCAAAAAUUAGUGGUAUUUUUGUUGAUAAACAACCAUUGUUAGCAAAAAUAAAAGAGGACAUUGAAUCUUGUUCAAAAGAACUUCUGCCAAUGAGUAUAUUUUCACCAAAAGCGAAUGGUGAACACUCUCUCCGUGAUUUAAGUAAAGAAAAUGCUACAUUCAUGUGGUAUCAUUUUCUAAUUCGUAUUUUACUUCUCAUGCCCGCCACUCGUACAGAUCUGGCAAAAAAUGAAAUGUUAGAAGAAUGCCGACUAUAUUAUAAGGAUAAUCAAACUGUCCAGAAUAAUAUCAAUAAAUUUGAAAAAGAUUAUAAAUCUGAAAAGGCCGUUUGGUGGUAUACAUGUGACGGCUUUAUUUAUCGUUUAUUAAAUAAGGCACUUCGUACACAAAAUAUUGAGGCUAUUUUUAAAUUUCGAUUUUUUAUUGCUGAUCUUCAAAGACAAUUAUGUCAGUUACAUCAUCAAUAUCGUCAAUCAUUAGGAUCAGAUAUAUCUCCAUUUUUAACAGUUUUUCGAGGACAAGUAAUGACUAGCGUCGAAGUUGAAAAUUUAAAAAGAAGUAUCGGUGGACUAAUAUCAAUGAACACAUUUCUAAGUACAACACGUAAAAGAGACGUUGCUGUAGCGUACGCUGGAUCUGGGGAAUUAUGUAAUUCAACUUUAGAGUCAGUAUUAUUUGAAAUACAAGUUGACAUGAAAAUCGAAACAAAACCAUUCUGUUAUAUUAAUCAGCUUUCUAUGUUUUAUGAUGAAGAAGAAGUUUUAUUUUCAAUUGGAACAGUAUUUCAAGUAGAAACUAUCGAAUUAAUGAAAAAUAAAAUUUGGAACGUAAAAAUGAUUUUGAGUGGUGAACACGAUAAACGUUCAGAAGCAUUAACAACUUAUUUUAAAAAAGAAAUUGGAAAAUCUCCAAGUGUUUUGACAUUAGGAUGGUUUCUUAACAGAUUAGGUGACUUUGAUAUGUCUGAACGAUUUUAUCGUACGCUUCUCAAACAACUACCGUCGAAUCAUGGCGACGUUGGCACUAUUUAUAAUAACUUAGGAUUACUAUAUAAAGAUAAAGGUAGUUGCUUGGAAGCUGUAAAAUAUUAUGAACUAGCGCUUAAAGCUUAUUCGACAACACGUAGUGAAAAUCAUCCACAAAUCGGAGCAACUUAUAGCAACAUGAGUGCUGCUUAUCUCAGUCUAAGUGAGUAUAAUAUGGCCGAAAAGACCUUGAAAAAAGCACAUUAUGAUACAAGAACAUCAUUAGACUGUUAUAAGAAAGCACUUGCUGUUUAUACAAAAUCAUUGCCAGAGAAACAUUUAGAUUUUGCUGAACAUCAUAAUGAUAUAGGUCUUGUUUAUAUGAAAAAUGGAAAUAUCCUAACUGCAUUGACCAGUUUUGAAACUGCUCGAAAGAUUGGAUUAGAUAAUUUGAGGCCNUAUAGCUGUUUGGGCGCACUUUAUAAGGAAAAAGAUGAUACAAGAACAUCAUUAGACUGUUAUAAGAAAGCACUUGCUGUUUAUACAAAAUCAUUGCCAGAGAAACAUUUAGAUUUUGCUGAACAUCAUAAUGAUAUAGGUCUUGUUUAUAUGAAAAAUGGAAAUAUCCUAACUGCAUUGACCAGUUUUGAAACUGCUCGAAAGAUUGGAUUAGAUAAUUUGAGGCCUAAUCAUCCUAAAAUUAUUGAGUACCAGAGAAAUAUCGAGACAGCUAAACAAAAUUUAGAGUCUCAUUCACAUUUUUAA